AUGUUUUCCAUUACAGCCAUUAAUGACAAAGAAACAGGAGGUAAAUGGGAGACUCUUGCACCUUCCAAGGAAGCCCAAGAAUUUCGUCUCUCUCAAAAUUACCACGAUGGCCUUGUAAAUUUGCAUGCUAAAGAUUAUAUAAAAGCUCGAGAACUUUUGGAAGCUGUUCUCAAGGAUCCUCUAGUAACAGGUGCUGUGGGUAGUAAUGCAAGUGAUAGCCAUUUGCUCCAACUAAGGUUCUUGACGCUGAAGAAUCUAGCAGCUGUUUUCCUACAACAAGGUGCUACCCAUUAUGAUAAUGCACUUCAAUGCUACCUGCAAGCUGUUGAAAUUGAUGACAAAGAUCCGGUUGUGUGGAACCAAUUGGGGACACUGUCAUGCUCCAUGCGUUUACUGAGUACCUCAAGAUGGGCAUUUGAGCAAGGACUUCUUUGUAGCCCUAACAACUGGAACUGCAUGGAAAAACUCCUGGAGGUACUUAUUGCUAUUGGGGACGAGGUUUCUUGCCUUUCAAUAACCAAUUUAAUACUUAGGCAUUGGCCAUCUCAUUCACGUGCAUUACAUGUCAAGAAGACCAUUGAAUACGCAGAACCAAUACAGUUUGCACCUCGCGGUAUUGAUAAGCUUGAACCUAAGCAUGCCAGGCUUCGAUUUUCAACCAAGAGAAAGGGAGUGGAGGAUGGCAUUGAGAAAUCUUCCUCGAAAAGGCAAAAUCAGAAUGUGGAGAUAUAUCUUUCUAGAGUAACUUGGGAAGCCCUCGCUGAUGCUAUCCUUGAUGUCAUGGUUUCAGAAAAUUUAAGGACCUCCGGACAGAAGAUAGAGUGUACUCAAAGCGCAACAGAAAAUGAGAUUGAAAGUAAUGGACAGGCGCACAUUGCUGUGGGAAGAAACGGAGAAUCUAUGGACCCUGAAAAUUGUAAAAGGAGUCUCAGGUGUACUGAUAUCAAGAUUAUUAUACACUUGUCUCCAAGUGUAGAAAGUGUGAAGAAUACUGCAAAGGGAAAAGUAGUGUCAAUCACUUCUGGUGGGGAAUGUUUGUCUCUUCCUGAUUAUGACUUUGAUAAAAUUGGUACUGUGAAGGAACACGAAAACUACACAGAAGAAGAUCAUCCUCAGGGGAGGAGGAGCACACGCCUGGGAAGGCUUAGAAGUCGCAAACCAGAGAAGGAGGAUUUAGAUUCAUUUAGUGGCAAGGAUAUGGAGAAGGCUGUGCUUCGGUUUCUUGAGCCAUUUAUUCUGAAGAAGUCAAAACCAAUAGAUCAAAACUUUUCUGGUAGCUAUGGCCCAUCCUCGGAUGUUUUGGAAUAUUCAUCUAAAGAUGAAUAUAAUGAUGUGAAAAGUUUUGCCACUGUAAAUUCACGAAAUUGUGGUGCCUACCAUAUUGGUCAUCUGCUCUUGGAAGAGGUUGCUCACAAAAGCAUUCCCUACCAGAACAACUUUGAUAAGUUCCUACAACUAGAGAAAUUGACGAGACUGUGUGGCCAGGACAGGACUCCUUUAUGCACCCUUUUUCUGGCAGAGCUAUACUAUGACCAUGGACUGCAUACUGAUGAUGAUUUAAAACGUACAGAGUGCUUCACAGAAGCAUCAUAUCAUCUUUGCAAAGUCAUUGAGCUAGUAUCUCUGGAUUUCUGCCCAGUCGGCGCUUCCUUCCAUACAGAGAUGAAAGAUUCUAAUCACGGAAGCACCAAUGUUCAGUGCAUUUCCAAUAGUAUAGCCUGUGGUGAAGGCGAUGAAAAUGGUGAAGCCAUGGUGGAGGAGUCUGUCUACACGCAAUCCAAGGUGCAAUCUACAGUUUCAACUGAUGGCAGCCUUUUUUGGGUCCGCUUUUUCUGGUUAAGUGGCUGUUUAUCGAUUUCUUCUGGUGGCAAGCGGAAGGCUAUCAAAGAGUUAUCCAUUUGCUUAUCAAUUCUUAGAAAUCGUAAAAAUUCGAAUGAUUCAGAUGGGAUUAUCCCGCUACCUCAUUGCAGAGUUGCAAGAUCAUUGACUGUUGACAGAAUUCAUCAUCAGUUAAGUUUGUUGAGGAUUGAUUCAUUAUUAAGGAAAGCCAUUAAAAUGACUAAGAAAGGUAGACAUAAGAGUUGUAUAGAUCUGCUUUCUCCUCUUUUUCUCUCUGCAAAGGAUGUUUACCCUGAUUUCGUGUGUGGUUUCAUCAGGGAAGGUUUUAGAUCUGUUGAAGUACAGGCAUUGGACGUUCUGAUUUCAGCAUGUGAAAAGGAAGAGGCAAUAGAUAUUGAAGUAUAUUUGAAUUCUCACAAGCGAAAGCUACAGAUACUCAUAUGUGCAACUGGCAUGAUUAAUCCGCUUGGGUCAGGAAAAAACAAUGCGAGUUCAGAACCUAAAAUGAGCACAACUGAUUCGAAUCGCACUGGGAAUGGACAGCAACACUGGAAUCAAUUGAUUUACGAGGAAAUAAAGGCAAUAUCGCGAACUGUAUCCAGAGUAAAGAGCAUAAUUGAACAAGGUGAUUCCUAUGGUAAUUCCAACGCAGUGUUUUGUACUGUUGGAGAGAUCCAGUCUCUUCUCGUGUGGGUAAUGUGUGAUGCUGUGAGAACAAUAAGUAGCCAGAAAAUUUGUGGGGUUGGUGCUGUGAGUCAAUCGGAUCAACUGAAGAGUGGGAGCCUUGUAGAUGCCGCUAUUGCCUUCUGCAAACUUCAACACCUUGAUCCUACUGUUCCCAUCAAAGCCCAGGUCGAAUUAAUUGUGUCUGUUCACGAUUUGCUUGCUGAAUAUGGUCUUUGCUGUGCUGGAAAAGAUAUUGAAGGGGAGGAAGGAACAUUUCUGAAGCUUGCAAUCAAGCAUCUUUUGGCUCUCGAUGUGAAACUGAAGUCAAAUUAUCAUUCUUCUUGUAAGAAGUCAGAAAUGAAGCAAGUUGACGAGUCUUUUCCUGUUGACGAUCAUGGAAGAUCGGCUGCCCUCAAACCAAAGGAAUCGUCUUCAUCAGAUGCUUGUGCAGUAGGGGAAGAUGAAUGUGCCCAGCAGCCCGAGGAAUGCACGGAAGAGGCAGCUUCUGAGAGCUCUGCUCGUGCUAGACUUGGCUCGAUUGACGAAGAGGCAGAAAACGGGAGAGAUGGUACAGAUGUUAAGUCGCACUCUUCUGGGGAAAACAGUAGAGAUUGCAACCUUGUGGAAUCGGAAGAUCUUCUGGAGGACUUAGAGAGAGCGAAAGUGGAGCUGGGACUUGAUAAUGCCUUGGAUCAGAGCUUCUUCUGUUUAUAUGGCCUAAAUUUGAAAACCGGUCAGGAUUCAUCAAGCGAGGAUGAUUUGGCAACACAUAAAAACACCAAUCGUGGAGAUUUUCAGACCAAGGAGCAGUGUGCUGAUGUGUUUCAGUAUAUAUUGCCGUAUGCAAGAGCUUCGUCUAGAGCUGGCAUUGUUAAACUGAGAAGAAUUUUAAGAGCAAUACGUAAGCAUUUCCCACAGCCACCAGAUGACAUAUUGGCCCGAAAUGCCUUCAACAAGUUUUUAGAGGAUCCUGAAUUAUCUGAGGAUGAUCUUUGUGAAGUAGCUGGGUCUGACAGAGGUCAGGAAGCUAUCAUCAGUAAACUAUAUCCGGAUGUUGGAUUAUCAGGAGCAGGCAACAUGUCUUCUGGGUCAGGUGGCUCCGAACCCUAUGCUGAGGUUUACAGCAACCUGUAUUACUUCAUUGCUCAGGCAGAAGAAAUGAGUGCAACUGAUAAAGUUCCAGGUUUUGUACUCAAGAAAGAAGGAGAGGAAUUUGUUGAGCAAAGUGCAAACCUCUUCAAGUAUGAUUUGAUGUACAAUCCCUUGCGAUUUGAGAGCUGGCAGAAGCUUGCUAACAUAUAUGAUGAAGAGGUAGAUCUGUUGCUGAACGAUGGGAGCAAGCAUAUAAAUGCUGUGGAUUGGAAGAGGAGCCAUAAUUUGCCUCAGAGGGUUGAGAUGGGCCGAAGGAGGAGUCGGCGCUGCCUUUUAAUGAGCUUGGCACUUGCAAGCACUCCAGAUCAAAGGAGCCAAGUCCAUGAGUUGCUCGGGCUUGUGUACUAUGACAGUCUCCAGAAUGUUGUCCCAUUCUAUGAUCAGCGAUCUGUUGUACCAGCAAAGGAUACCACAUGGAGAUCAUUCUGCCAAAACUCAAUGAAGCACUUUGAGAAGGCGUUCUUACUCAAGCCCGAGUGGCUGCAUGCAUUUUACCUUGGAAAAAUAUGUGAGAAGAUGGGGUAUUCCUCUGAAAAAGCGCUCUCUUACUACAGCAAGGCCAUCUCCCUCAACCCUUCUGCCGUCGACCCCCUUUACAGGUUGCAUGCGUCACGAAUUAAGCUUCUCUGUGGGCAUGGAAAUCGGAACCUGGUUGUGCUUCAGACUGUUGCUUCAUACCCUUUCAAGGAAUCGACCACAAAGGCGGUCUCAGACAUGCUUGGCUGGGCUUCAGACUGCCAUCGCCUCCCCAUCGAUCCCAAGGUGGGCAGCAUGUGCGAUGAUUCUUCAAAGAUGGCGAAACCCAUCGAGCCCCAGCAGCUGGACGAAGCUUGGCACUUGCUCUAUGAUGAUUGCUUAUCCGGUCUUGAAGUCUGUGUGGAAGGGGAGCUGAAACAUUUUCACAGGGCCAGGUACCGGCUUGCACAGGGCCUAUACAAGAGAGGUGAGGCUGGGGACUUUGAGAGAGCAAAGGACGAGCUUGGCUUCUGCUUCAGGUCGUCCCGUUCCUCCUUUACAAUCAACAUGUGGGAGAUUGACAGCAUGGUCAAGAAGGGCCGGCGGAAAACCCCUGGGCCCAGUGGAAACAGGAGAUGUUCCGAAGUGACCUUGCCUGAGAGUUCUCGCAAGUUUAUCACCUGCAUCAGGAAGUACGUCUUAUUCUACACAUUCCUCCUGGAGCAGACCAAGGACUUGCCGACCUUGGAGCGGGCCUAUUCAUAUAUCCGGACCGACAAGAGAUUCUCCCUGUGCCUGGUGGACAUUGUGCCCGUCGUGCUUGGGAGGUACAUCAAAGUCCUCUCUUCAUUAAUUCAUGAUGCAGGGAGCGGCCAGUUGGCUGAUCCUUCCUUGACUCUGGAGGUACUCCUGGAGAGGAUGUUCAACGUUUUGCUAGACCAUGUGAACCAGCUGGGGGAUCUCGGGAACUUGCCUGAGGUGAAAUGCCCAGAAUUAUCAGAGAGCAGCCUUUACGGGUACAUCCACCAGUACAUCCACCAUCUGGAGAUCGAGGCCCGGAUAGAUUCACUCGAAGGGAUAAAUGAGAGGAUCCGGCGGCGAUUCAAGACGCCAAAAUUAUCAAACAGCAACCUGUCCAGAAUCUGUAAACAUGCUUCCAUUGCUUGGUGCCGAUCAAUUCUAUUCAAGUUGGCCUCAAUCACACCGGCACCUGACAGUGCUGCCCAGCCUGCGGGCUCCUCCGGUGCCACCGGGGCCUCAGAGAGCGGGCUGCAGCUUUUCGUCGACUUACAGGCAGAAGAAAUAUGCAGGUCAUCAUUGGAAGGCUCUUUCUACUCUAAAGACCUUGAAGAGAGAUGCCACGAGGCUCUAUCUAGGAUCAGAGAUGCCCAUGUGAGGCAGGCAUCGGAGGAGCACAUGGAGGCUGCCGCUGCCCUGCUGAGGUGCGCCUACAAUUUCUUCCGCGACAGUUCCUGUGGGACGUUCCCCUCGGGCAUCAGACUCUACACCGUCUCCUCUCUUCCAGUUCCGGAGGGUGUUGGUGCCCUUGACUUGAGCGUACCGAGGAAGCUCCUCCUGUGGGCGUACACCCUCAUGCACGGCCAUUAUUCCAGCAUCUCAUCUGUCAUGAAGUUCUUUGAGGAUAAUAUCAAGUCUAGAGUGAGAAAGGGGGUGGCAGCGCCGUCGGCUUCGGCACACCCGGCUCCGCCUGCGUCCUCCCUGCAGACUGGCGGCGCGAAGGAAAGGAGUGAAGCCGGGGAGACUCCUGCUGUUGAGGAGACUCCGACAUCUGAGGCCCAGAUGCCGCAGUUUCUUGGCCGACAGCUUCUCCAUCAGUGCAGCUCCAGCAGGGCAAGUGAGAACAGCUGCGCGGGUAGCAGAGAGGAUCCUGGAGAUUAA